AUGGAGCCGCACUGCAGGGUCUGCCACGAAACGGAGAGCGGCCCCCGAGGCCUGCAAGACAUACUGGUGUCCCCCUGUCACUGCCUGCACAACUGGCAGCUGCACAAGGCGCUAGCGCUGCGGGACGCCGCCCGCUGCGAGGUGUGCGGCCAGCCGUACCGCGUGCCCGCCGACGCGUGGCGCGCCUAUGCGGCGGCCGGCUGCGAGUCUGGCGCGGCGUGCGCCAAGGCGCUGGCCCCGGGCGGCACGCUGGUGGUGUACGGCGCCAUGAGCCACCAGCCCGUCACCAUCCCGCCCGGCCUGCUGAUCUUCAAUGACAUCCGCCUGCGCGGCUUCUGGCUGACGGGGGGGUACGCAAAGGGCUGCUGGCGGGGGGUGCCCUGCUGGCUGGCCGGCCGGCCACACGACGCUGCCGCACCUGGCCCCUGGCUGUCGGGAACUGCCACGGCUGGCGGGGCGGCACCGGCUGGCCUGGCACGCGACUUUGGCGACGCAUCCCACCCGCCGCUGCGCGACGUGGCGGUGCAGAUGAAGGAUGGGUGGCGGGCCAAGGAGCAGCUGGUGGACCAUGUGUGCGCCCUGUUCCGAACAAAGGUCAUCAGGCCGUGCAGUGUGGACUGCCUGCCGCUGGAUCAGUGGCAGGAGGCGCUGAAGAGAGUAGCAUCAGACUUCAGGGCAGGCAAGGUGCUGCUCACAUCCUAUGCGCCCGACGAGGUCAGGGCCGAGUGA